UUUCCCUUAAGGUUGUUUCCAGAUGAGGCCAUAACUAGACCAAUUCUGUCUUAAAAGGAAAAAAAACAUAAGAAGCCAAUUCAGUUAAGUUUGCUUCCCAAAUACAAAGGGGAUUUAACACAGAGUUUACAAUGGUUUUCAAUGCAAACUCAUACAUUUUAACAUUCAAUAUUCCAUGAAAAUAUAAAAACAAAUGAACAAUAUUAUUUAUUAAGAUAAAUACUGUAAACAUUAAUAUGAAUGCCUUUAUUGUACUUGUGAAAUACUUUUGCUGUUUCAAAGCAAACACUGUAUUCAUUUCAUCCUGAGAGUUCCUCUGUAAGGUGGAUAAAACUGCAGCUUUACAGUUGAGGAAGCUGAAGUACAACAGAUUGUGUUUCUUAUACAAGGACAUGUACUAAUUAGUACUAAUUAGUACCCUAAUUAGAGGGAUACAUAUAACUAAAACCUAUGACCUGACACCCAACACAGUUUAUUGGUGUCCAAAUAGGUCUUUAUUUAGUACCUCGAACUUCAUGUCUUCGUCAUGCUUCUUGAGAAAUUGCCACAUUUUGUGCAUGGCUCCCCAACACUUAGAGUUUUGUUUGAAUUCCUGGCUCUGUAAUAAGUGCUAAGAAUGCCUCUCUUUACUGUCUUGUUCACUGUUGAACACUGGCAUACCAUAAACUCGUAAUCCCAAUGCACGGGAUCAUUUAGAUGGGGUACUGUAUAAAGGUGGGUAGAUGGUUAGAUGACUUUUCAAUGAAAAUUAUCAUUUUAUUUUUCCUUGACUCAGAAAUCUCUUUAUUCCAGGAGGGCUCUAUGGACAGCUUAUAUGAGCCAGUCCCAGAACAACAACCUCACCAAGAGGAAACUUCUGGUAGAACUGAUUCUCUUUUCUCACCCUCUGGGGAAAAUGGAAACUUACACAACAAUCUCUUCAUGGAAGUUUCUCAUUUUGAGAAUGCAAAACCAGAAAGAAAGUCAAUCCGGAGAUCUAUGUCUGAAAGCAAAGUAUUUGAGGGAAAAACUGUGAAUGACACAACUUGGCAGGAACCCAGCAAGCCUGAGAAUGAUUCCAUCAGAAGACUCUGUCAGCUAAAAGAUCUAAAUGAAGAUGAUUUUCUUUUGAGUAAUAAUAGACAUACUCUUCAAGGAAAAAAACUCCAAGGCAUUUCUUAUCAGGCCAUAAAAUCAGGUGAUGACCCCGCAGAAUCCGUGGGCACCUUAAAGAGACUACAGAAAUUGGUUUGGACCAAGAAAGCCAGGGUGCCGAGUCUGAAUGAGAUGAAACCUACAUCAAUAAAUCUCCAACCAGACUCAGAGGAAGAGUAAGAGAAAGCUAUGGGUAAAGCUCAACAAGAAAAUAAGGGUCAACAUUGUCCACUGUUCCCAUUCCUUGGCCAUAGAAAACAGUAUGAUUCAGUUUUGAUAAGAUGAAGAUGAAACAUUGAUUUCCUGUAUGAAAUUAGCCAAAUCCCAAGAAAAGAGAGUUAAUAAUGUUAGUACAAGGAGGAAGGAAGAAAUGGAGAUUAGAUUGG